AUGUUCGGAAACUCGGCUCCUAAACCAUCCAUUUUUGGCGGUGCUACAACAACCACCGCUUCUUCAGGAUUUUCAUUCGGUAAUACAGCAACUAACACAGUAAACAAUAUGUUCGGUGCUAGCACAACUACUUCUGGUGGAAAUGCCAAUCCGUUUGGAGGAACGUCAACACAGGCCCCUGUAAGCACUGGUCUUUUUGGAACUGGAUCGUCUGCAGCCGCAGCACCUGCAACAACUGGCCUUUUCGGAAAUAACACCUCCGCGGCUCCUGCCAAUACGAACGUUUUCGGUUCUUCGGUGAGCAACGCUACUCCAAGCACUGGCCUCUUCGGAGCUACCGCACCAACAGCAAAUCUGUUUGGUGCCGGAAAUACUGCCACUUCUGCUCCAGCCACUGGAGGACUUUUCGGACAGUCUGCUAACACGUCAGCAGCUCCAUCUAGUAAUCUUUUUGGCAACACAACGACAUCAACGUCAUUAAACCCCGGAUUAUUCGGUUCUUCAACUGGUACCGUGACAUCUGGUUUGUUCGGCAAUACAUCCACGCCUGCGGCACCGGCCAGUAGCAUGUUUGGUGCCGCUACCAAUACUGCGCCUGCAACGUCAAACACAGGUCUUUUUGGAUCUUCCUCAACUGUACAAACCAGCGGGGGAAACAUCUUCGGAACAGCUACCUCAACCUCCCCAGCCGCCCCUCCAGCUAGCGGGCUCUUCGGAAGUACUGCUCCUGCACCCGCAGCACCUGGAGUUGGUCUGUUUGGAACCAGUAAUGCAGCCAAGCCAGCUGCAACUGCAAACACUACCGGUGGUCUUUUUGGAUCUAACACUCAAACUGCUGGUGGACUGUUCGCUUCUACAACUCCCGCUACUACCACAACAGCUCCAUCAACCGGAAUGUUUGCUUCCCCAGCUGCCGCAGCAGCAACAGUUUCUACUACUGGAGGACUUUUUGGUGGAAACGCUAAUACUCUGACCAGUUCAACAGGUGGACUAUUCAGUUCCACAACCCAAACGAAUGUACCGGCUGCAACAACGGCUGUUACAUCUUCCGGUCAGUCAAAUACAGCUGCGGUUCCAACUGGUGGACUUUUUGGAACCUCAUCUACAACUGCACCAGUGCCAGCUUCUGCUGGAAAUUUGUUCGGCGCAACUGCAGUAUCCACCGCGUCUGCUUCUACUCUACCGUCAACCGGAGGACUUUUCGGCACCAAGCCUUCCACUACAACCACCACUUCUGCACCAUCUUCCGGAGGAUUAUUUGGAACGACUUCAGCAGCAGCCCCAUCUAUCGCUCCAUCCGGGACAACCGGAAGUUUUGGAGCAACGCCAGCUACUACAUCCACUGCCACUUCUUCUGCUGCACCAACUGGAAGUUUAUUUGGUGCGACAUCUGCUGCUCCUGCUCCUGCUCUCACUUUGAACUUGGGACUUCCUCCAACUACAGCAUCUACUACCGCUUCUUCUAUUCCCACCGCCUCUUUGAAUCCUCCCGUUGUCAGUACUCCGAAGCAAGCAGAAACGACUUCAACUGGACUGGGACUCACUUCAACACCACUGGCAAAAGGAUCAGGCUGGGCGGCCGCCGGUCUUGGUGGGCUAAAAGGAGCAGCUACAACUACUGCAAGUCUUAAAGUUGGAGCGAGCGGGAGUGACAGUCUUUCUGAAGAAGAAAUCAAAGCUGGACUGGGAGGAACUGAUUCGAAAGCAUUUUUCAAUGCUCUGCAGGAAGUUGUCAAUAGUUAUCAUUCGGAAAUCGCCAAACAGGAACGAGUAUUCAACAAUAAAAUUCUAGAGCUCAAUGCAUAUGAUCGUGAGCUAAUUUCUUUGGAGCCAAAGGUUUUGGGCUUAUACACUCAGAUGGAUGAGCUGAGCGGAAGUUGUAAGAAACUAAAUUUCAAUAUUGGUUCUAUGACAUCUGUAUUGAAUGACAUCGAAGAAACAGUCGCUGAGCUUGAGAAAAAAUUGAAUCUUCCUGAUUGGACUAAUCUGGAGUACAAAUUUCCACUAGACAGCCGAUUCGCUAGUAGACAUGAUGUUCAGAGAGUUCAAAUAGCUCAAAUGAUGUUGAACGUGGAUGCUCAGAUGAAGUCUGCCGAUUUCGAUCUUGACCAAAUCGAUCAGUCUCUGAAUAAUAUGCAAACAUCCGUUUUGAAGACUAAGACCGACAUUCCAUUGGAAAAGACUGAAGCGAUAAUGAAGAAGCAACUUCAGAAACUGAUGGAACUAUCUGGACAACAUUGUAUCACUCGUGAAAAGUUGAACAAGUUGAAGGACGAUCACAAUCUGCGUUUGAAUAACUCGAAAGCAUAA